UCAUACACACCGCCGUGCAUGCUGCAGGAAUUACCCACAAUCCCCUGGCCAGGAACAUGCUGAGAGUGCGCUGUCUGAGAGGAGGAAGCCGAGGAGCCGAGGCUGCUCACUUAAUCGGAGCCAUGAUGGGUCGUACGGUGUCCCGUUGGGUUCAGAAGGCGUUUCAGAGCUCGAGCUCGGCUGCCGCAGCGAGAUCUCAGGCAGCUGAGGACGUGGCCGUCACUGAACCCCUGCCUGAUGGGUGUCCAGUUUGCGCGUAUAACGAGUGGGACCCGCUGGAGGAAGUGAUUGUAGGGCGCGCGGAAAACGCACGCGUCCCUCCGUUUACUGUAGAGGUCAAGGCCAACACGUAUGAGAAGUACUGGCCAUUUUAUCAGAAAUACGGAGGGCAUACAUUCCCUGAGGGGCACCUACAGAAGGCGAUCGCUGAAAUCGAGGAAAUGUGCAAUAUCCUGCGCCAUGAGGGCGUCGUCGUGAGGAGACCCGAACCCAUCGACUGGUCCGUCGAGUACAAAACCCCCGACUUCACAUCCACAGGUAUGUACGCAGCCAUGCCGCGGGACAUCCUGCUUGUUGUUGGGAACGAGAUCAUUGAGGCUCCGAUGGCAUGGAGAGCUCGAUUUUUCGAGUAUCGCGCUUACAGGCCUCUCAUUAAAGAGUACUUUAAACUAGGAGCGAAGUGGACCACAGCUCCCAAACCCACCAUGGCAGACGAACUAUACGACCAGGAUUACCCAAUACGUACAGUAGAGGACAGACACAAACUGGCUGCGGAGGGGAAGUUUGUCACCACUGAACAUGAGCCGUGUUUUGACGCUGCUGAUUUCAUCCGAGCUGGAACAGAUCUGUUUGUGCAGAGAAGCCAGGUGACUAACUUUAUGGGAAUCGAGUGGAUGAGGCGUCACCUCGCUCCCACCUACAAAGUGCACAUCAUCUCGUUUAAGGAUCCGAACCCAAUGCACAUAGACGCCACCUUUAACAUCAUCGGACCCGGGUUGGUGUUGUCCAAUCCAGACAGGCCGUGCCGACAGAUAGAGAUGUUUAGGAAGGCCGGCUGGACGGUGGUGCAUCCGCCAACACCUUUAAUUCCUGAUGAUCACCCACUCUGGAUGUCCUCCAAGUGGCUGUCCAUGAACGUCCUGAUGCUGGAUGAGAAACGCGUCAUGGUGGACGCUAACGAGACCACCAUUCAAAAAAUGUUUGAAAAUCUUGGUAUUAGUACGGUUAAAGUGAGCAUUCGUCACGCUAACUCCCUGGGCGGAGGUUUCCACUGCUGGACCACAGACGUCCGGCGCAGAGGAACGCUGCAGUCAUACUUCCACUAACCCUGCCAGAAGACCACGCGGUUCAUCAGUUAUUGAGUUCACAUUCACACAUCAGUGACGAUUAACAAUCCGUCUGCCGUCGUGUCCGAAACUCUUUAAUCUCUGAAUCAAUUUAACAACUAAAACUGCAGCUGCAACUGCACUUGGCUCAUCUCCAUUGUACCAAAUCCACUCUGGAAUCACGUUAGAGUUUAGUCCAGACUGUAACCGUUAAUAAGUCUUAAUUCCUUUCCUUUUUGAUGCAUGUUCGAGCUUUGCAGACACACAGCACACACUCAAUAACGACUGCAUUUCUGGAUAAUGGGACUGUGUGAGCUCCUGUUAAUUCAUUAUAAUUAUACUUUUUCCUCACGAUGAGAAAGAUCCAGUAGAACAACAAUGAAGUGAAGACUUGGUGGAUGUCCAGAGCUCAUUGACUCAACCAAGCGCAGGAAAAGAGCCAUAAUCAGCAUCGAAUCUUUACCUCAUUACCAUCUUAACAGACGUAGUUUAAUUUAAGAAUUUCAUUAAAUUGCAAAUCGUACGCAGUCCCAAAGAAGUCACGACUACUGUAGGAAUGUCCGCCCUGCCAUCCCAUAAUGCCCAGGGAAGUUCUGCUCUCUGCGUCACCAAGACGACAAACAUGGCCAGGAAUAUACACGUGUAUGCAAAAGUUACUACCUCCUUUUUACAAUGAAGAGAAAUACUUUUCUGUCUUAAAUAAUCGAUUCUAACAUGAACUUUUCUACCUUGUUUGUAGGUCAUUACACACUCAAUUUUCUUACAAUAUCUUGUUUUUUAUAUAAUAAUAAGAAGAAUUUGUAAGGUUUUUUCGGUCACACCACUUUAGUAAGGUCCAGAGGAGGAGGAUCACUGUGGGUCUUGUCUCCCCCUGCUGGUCAUCAUCUGCAAUGUAACUCUAAGUCCUCACUCAACCAAAAUGUAAAUAGACUUUAUGUUAAAUUACAGGGUUUUUUUACGUUUUUUUUUUCUUACAAUUAUUUUCCACCAUCUGUUUUCCAUGCUUGUUUCCCACCAUCUCUGUAUUUUUUAAAGACAUGAGUAAUGAGGUGUCGGUUUAAUAUCCUGUGGCCGUGUUGUCAUCACCCAUACAGUAGCAGAGCUGACUCUGUGCCGCUUCGCUGCUCUUAAUAAAAUCAUUAUAUUCAGUUUUGGAAAAGAAUUUAAAAGCAAGAGAGGUAUGUGAAUGUGAGCUGGGUUGAUUUAUAAAGACAAAUUAAAAAUAAUAGAAUAAUGCAAAACAUGUUUGGUUUGAUGCAUGAUGUGAAAAAAUAUUAAAAGGAUGUUUGAAACUCA